UUUCAUCCCGUUUAACAGGCGAAUGUCACCAAUUUCAAGCUGAUUUUAUUCGCGAAGAAGAAGAAAGUUUCACGAGGCGACCUUAAACCAUUGCAAACGCGAACAUAUUGAUCUCGCUAUCAAUAAGUGAAAUUUAAUAAUGAAAUAUUAAGAGAGAGCAGUGGUUCAUUUUGCACACUGAUAAAGAACAUAAUGCCUGAUAGCGUUUAUCAGGACUGAGCCUUUUAUCAUCAUUGCCAGGGAACAAUUGAUUUAUACCGUCAAAGUGGUUUUAGAUGUUGUCAUAGUCGAAAGGUAAUAUGCCAGUAGGUGCAGUGUAGUUUUUCUGUUUUGGUAGAAUUUCAAUAACAUCGACACAAUGAAAAUAAACAGGCAUCUAUUGCCGAUCAAGGCUCAUUACUUCUUUUUUAUGUCAGCUAUGGGUCCAAUUCUACCCCAGUUAUCCGUCUACGGGAAAGAAAUGGGCAUAUCCACAGUUGUCAUGGGCACAGUUACCGGAAUUUUGCCCUUCGCAUUUUUAAUUGCCAAACCACUUUUCGGUAUACUGGUGGACGUGUAUAGGACGUACAGGAAAGCAAUAUUUAUGACUAUGAUUAUAAUUAUGACGCUAUCAUACAGCAUGAUAGCUUUUAUACCUGUGCCAAAAUCGUUCAGUAAGACUGUGAUAGAAGGAAAACUUCAGGAUUAUUAUUUGGAUACAUGUAAUUUUAUAGAUAUCCGACAAAUGAAUUGCCAAAAUCUGACUACAUUCGUCACUUGCGACUCGGAAUGUUUCAACAAUCCAGACACUUUCUACAUGACUUCCUGUAGUCUGGAAGCUUUUCUCAAUUCGACGGAGAAAAAUGUCUUAAAGUUAUGCCCUCAAAGAGAACGAAACUUAUCCACUGAUGAAAAAGAAACCAAAGUUGCCAUAUACGAUGUAUUGAAAUUAUCGAAUCUCAAGACAACAAAUUGUACCAAUCGGUGGCAUUUUGGAGUUUCCUUGUUUUGAUGUCGAUAGGAACUAUUGGGUUCAAUGUGGUUAAUUCUAUUAGUGAUGCAAUUUGCUUUGAUAUUAUAGGAGAUGAAUAUGACUAUGGCAAACAGCGUGUUUGGGGAACAAUUGGAUUUGGGACAACAGCUUUGAUUGCUGGGUAUGCUGUGGAUAUGUUUUCUGGACAGACCAUAUCAUACAUCCCGGCAAUUAUUAUCAUGCUAAUUUGUUCCACUUUUGAUUUAAUAGCAUGCGUUAAAUUAAAAUUACCCGUCAUGGAAGCUCCUGAAAACAUAUUUAAAGAAUUAAGGAAGCUUUUGAAAAACCGCUACGUUGCUACUUUCUUGUCGUUUGCUGUAUUAGUAGGUGUUCUAGAUGGCUUUAUUAUUUACUUUCUGUUUUGGUAUAUCGAAGAUUUGGCCGCAGCUACUAAUACCGGAUACAUAAAACUUUUGGAAGGGCUUAUUGUAGCUGCCGAAACGUUGGGUGGAGAAGUUAUAUUUUUCUCUGUAUCGGGAAAGAUAUUGGAAAGAGUAGGACACGUACAUUGUUUCAGUAUGUGUUUUCUGAAUUAUGCUUUAAGACUUGGACUGAUUUCCAUAGCACCAAACCCUUGGUGGAUUAUACCAAUCGAAUUCUUGAUGCAGGGUCCUACCUAUGCCCUGACAUAUACCACAGUGGUAGCUUAUGCUAAUGAAUUGGCUCCACCAGGGGCUUCAGCUACCAUGCAAGGGAUAGCCGCUGGAAUGGACGAUGGUGUCGGUUAUGCUUUAGGAAGUAUAUUGGGAGGAAUUCUUUACAAGUAUAUAGGUGGGAAAUAUUCUUUACACGUUUUUAGUGCAAUUGGUUUACUAUGUAGCAUAUCACAUCUUGUGAUACACAAGACUUUAUUGAAGGAACCUGUAGAAAGUGAUGAUUCCCAGUCUGCUCAAUACAAAUCACCUCAGGAUGCUGUGAAGAUGACUUUAAAUUAGCAUAAUACCUAAGAAAAUAAUAAAAAAUAAGUUCAAUCUCUUAUUGUUUCAAGAUCAAUAAUAACAAAAGAACUUUUUGAAGUUUUUGUUGUUAUAAAAAAGACUGAUUGUUUUAAUUAAAAUAGAUUAGGUUAA